GCUCUAAUAGCCCACUUGGCUUCCUGUUUAGUUGGCUGGCUCUUUCCAAUUUCCGACCCGAGUCCACGGUAGCUUGGCAAAUCUCGCGGUGUUUGUUGAGGGCGGCGGGCGCGAGCCAGUGCUCGUUUCUGGCGGGCCCUUUUAGCUCUUGUCGCCGGCAUCUGUUGCCCAGAACCUGCGGGCUGAGCAACAUGACGUCCGCCUUGGAGAACUACAUUAACCGAACCGUUGCUGUUAUUACUUCUGACGGGAGAAUGAUCGUGGGUACACUUAAAGGUUUUGACCAGACCAUCAAUUUGAUUUUGGAUGAGAGCCAUGAACGAGUAUUCAGCUCUUCACAGGGAGUUGAACAAGUGGUACUAGGAUUAUACAUCGUAAGAGGUGACAACGUUGCAGUCAUUGGAGAAAUUGAUGAGGAGACAGAUUCUGCACUUGACCUGGGGAAUAUUCGAGCAGAACCUCUAAACUCUGUAGCACACUGAGGAAAGACUGCAAGCACUAGACAUCUGUAAAUCUUGUACAGAGACUGUUCCGAGGAUGGUGUUCAGAAUUUUUAUGAAAUUGUUAAUUGUGGAUUUUGACUUCAUUUUGACUCAUUGUAUUAUGUAAAUCAAAAUAUUUCUAUGUUUUUAUUGAAAAAACUUUGUCUAAAUUA